ACACUGUCUGAGCACACACACACACACACACUCACACACACACACACACUCACACACACACACACUCACACACACACACUCACACACACACACACACACACACACACUCACACACGACAGCUGGCAUGAUUCAGCUGAAUAAAAGUGUAACAUCGACUAGGUUUUUCUUGUCAUUUAUCCAAAACGCCAUGAUAUUAAGGUUCGGUCCAAUAGCGGCCCAGAGAGGCACUUCAGCAUCUUAACCGCUCUCAUUCCGGUACCGCGUCUGGUUCUGCACAUUUCUGGGAUCUCUUUGAAGAACCCAGCAUCUAAGAAUGAGUGUUCAGAGCUCAAAGAAAGCCAUGGACGGAGGUUGGGGCUGGGUCAUUGUGGUGGCCUCGUUCUCAGCCCAGCUCCUCGCCUACGGCUCACCCCAGUCUGUCGGAGUGCUUUAUCCCGAGUGGCUCAAUGCCUUCCAAGAGAGCAAGGGGAUGACCGCGUGGGUGGGAUCCCUCGUCUCUGGGGUCGGCCUCAUUGCGAGUCCCAUCUGCAGUGCCUGUGUGGUAAAUUUCGGCGCCAGGCCCGUGACCAUCUUCAGUGGAGUCAUGAUCUCUGGAGGCCUUAUGCUGAGCGCCUUUGCCCCCAGCGUCCACUUCCUCAUGUUUUCCUAUGGCGUAGUCGUUGGAGUAGGCUGUGGACUCCUGUAUGCUGCUACUGUGACCAUCACAUGCCAGUACUUUGACAAGAAGCGUGGCCUUGCUCUUGGCAUUGUUACUACAGGUACAAGUAUUGGAGGAUUCCUCUAUGCCACCGCACAGAACGAAUUCAUUGAGCUUUUUGGACUCGAUGGCUGCCUGCUGCUCAUUGGAUCGUUUGCAUUGAACAUCAUUGCCUGUGGUGGACUGAUGAGGCCGCUGCACUUGCCUGCUUACUACCUCAAGCAGAGAGCUGCCCUGGUGGAGAAGGCUGAGGAGAAGCUUGGAGAAAGACCCCUGGCCUUGGACCACUCCAUCAAAAAGGACCUGUCUGUCACUGAUCUUCUGAUAACGGCAGAGACCAAAGACACUCUGGCUUCUGAAAAGGAAUUGCUGAUCUGUUCAGCCGUGGUAAAACUGCUCAAGAAGAAGCAAAAAGCCUACAUAGACUACUUACACUCCAUCGCUGAACGAAUGAGGGACCGGGUGUUUGUAGCCAUGUGCUUAGCACUGUUCCUCUACACCGUUGGGGCAUUUCCUCCACUGCUCUUCCUGGAGGACGUGGCCCAAAGUGAGGGCUUGAUUGAGGGCAUCAGCGUUGUCCCUCUGGUCUCAAUAUUUGCUAUUGCAGGAGGUAUUGGGAAGCUGCUGCUGGGAAUGGUGAUGGACAUCCGCUGGAUGAACAGCUUUUUUCUCUAUGGUGUCACACUGGUGGGCAGCGGCAUGGGAUUGCUGCUCAUCCCUUUCAUUAAGAGCUACAUAGGGCUCCAGGUAAUCUCCGCAGUGUUGGGUUUCUUCUCAGGGAACUGGUCCAUCACACCCUACAUGACCACCAAGGUGGUUGGCAUAGAGCGGCUCACUGAGGCCUACGGGAUCUUGAUGUUCUUCGGUGGAUUUGGGAUCAUGCUGGGACCUCCAGUUGUAGGCUGGUUCUAUGAUUGGCUGCAGUCCUAUGAUCUGGCCUUCUACUUCAGUGGGAGUUGUGUGCUGCUGGGUGGAGUGCAACUUCUACUCACUGCCCUGUCCUGCUGGGACAAGACCCACGAUUCGUCUCCCAAACCUGAAGCAGAGCGCACUCAGAACUGUGACAGCGUGGCUGCCGUCGCCUGAAAGAUGGACAGUCCUUUUCAUGGCCAGCGAUUUGCCUGCUCGAGUCCGUGGCUGAACCUGUUUUUUUUUCUUUUUGUUGAUUUACUUUCCAAUGAUACAUCAUGCCUUAUUGUUAGUUGAUGUUUUGUAAUUUGAUGGUUCUAUCGGUGCUUUGAAGACACCAUGGUAAAUGAAUGGACCCAAGCUCAUCCUGUCCUCUGCUGGCAUUUCCUAGCCUUGUUUUAUGAGGCUUCAGAAUAUGGUGAAAAAUUUGCAAUUUAUUAAUUAUUGAUGCUGUUUUUUUUUUCUUAAAAUGCACGUCCGCGCAUUGUGUUUCUUUUAUAUUGAAGUAAUAAGAACAUGCCACUAAUUCAAGACGAGAUGCAAACGACAUUUUUUUGUUAAACAAAGAUGCAACACUACACUACAUCCUGGUCCUUUAAUAAUGACUUCUUGACCUUCGUUGUUAGUGUUGUUGUUAAUGUUGUACCAAAGUCAUUUGAUUUUUCAUUUAGUCAUGGACAGAAGCGUUAAAUUGACAAUCUCAUGCCACACAAGUUUUAAUAAACCCAUCGGUCUUUGUGCUGCUGAGGUCAUCUUUUUCCACAGUGUUGGCCUGUUUUUAUCAGAAUCACAGUUUGUUUUGAAAAGAUCUGACUGAAAAGUGUUUGCUGUGUGUCUGCAUGUGAGGCAGAUGAUCACCUGUUCACCUGAAUUUCAUUUCAGUCAGUUUCAUCUGUUUCAAGCAGUAUGUCGACAUGUUAUUUCUCUGUUUCUGUUCCUAUCCUCUAACUCUUUCAGACUGUUGUAUUUUUCACGCGCACUGAAGUUAGUUUUGCGCACUGUCGAUCUCUGUUUUUUUUCUUCCUUUUUUUAGAUGAAGAGUUAUUUUACUUGAACUGCCGUUGAUGUUAUCGUGUAAAGCAAACGAUGACCUUUUGCUUAUAGGGUCAUAGCAGGUGUGAAAGACCUGUACACUGUCUUAAAGCACAUGAUGCCACCUGUGAUAUUUAUGUAUUUAUGUAUUGUUUUUUUUUUUUUUUACUUUAUAUGAUUUUUAAAAAUAGAAAUAAACUAAGCUUGAUAAAUGA